AUGGAAAACAAGGACGUUGCAACCAGUUGGGAUUACAACAGUGCUGAGAUUGGUGAAUUUGUGCCAAACAGUUGUACUGGAACUCAUUUCCCAAACGGAAUAGCCUGUGCCCCAUGGUUUCAACAGCAGGUGACAUCACAACCGCACUUAUGCAGUUCUGAAUUCGCUAGUAGUGUUGAGUCUGUUGGAGGACCCGCAUGUCGGGUUGGCAGUGAAGGUAGCGACUAUUGUUUUAUGAAUAAAUCUGUAUGUAGAAACGAAGAGGAAGGUGCGGAAGAAGUGGAGGGGAAUGAGGGGGAAUCCAACUUACGAUGGGGAAUGCACAUCCAUCCCGCGGCGCUCCGUGCGGUGCAGGCUUCUUCACGUGAAGUUGUUCAGGGUCUGAUUCGGGAUAAGGAACUCUUGUGUUCCCAAUUCGGUACGAUGCAACAAAACAUUCCUCUUGCUAUCACGUGGCAUGACACAACUGCACCGUCACCGAACCAAACGCUUGCGUCCACAUUUACGCCGCUACCCCAUAAGAAGCGUUCCCGCGAUCUCGUAACACUCCUCAGUGGCAUUUCACCGGAUUGGGAAGCGGCCGAAGAAGUUGGUGGAGCUUCCGCAGCCGCACAUGUUGGGGGGUUGGAAAUACAACGGAAGAGAUUUCGAGUGGAUAAUCCCACAAUUGGCUCAGCGGCAUACGAAGUGUCCAAAGCUGCAACCGCGGCAUCACCAAAGCCGUGGAUAAAAGCGCGUCAGAAGCGUGUGCGAGAGGAGGGAGAUGAGGAUGUGAAUGUGAAUGUGGAAUGGGGAAGGGGACGGGACGGAAAUGAAAACAGUGGCAGGUAA